AUGCUGAGCGACAACACGGAGUUCUCGAAGGCCAUCAAGAAGGAAGAGGACGAUGGUGAAGGUUGCGGAGUCCAGUCGAACCCUGGUCAACACAUUUCGCCGAAUCCAGAACUUUCGAUACGACGCAUCGAGAAAAUUGGGACUAAACGUCCAGUUAAGUACAUUAUAAGGAAAGCACCGACGCCGACGACUGUUUCAGCGUUGAAACGAAUUUUCGUUGGGCGGAGCACUUCUGAAUCUAAACCUGAUUCUAAGGAGAUCGACAAGUUGACACCUCCAUAUGAUCGUCCUUCAUCACAAAAUCGCCACCUUGUCACUAAUUCUUCUUCUCAUUCUGAAGUGGAACGUCCCGUGAGGUUUUGGCGAACACCUAGUGGAAAGUUAAUAAAACUGGAUGCAAAGGUACCGACGAUAACUCCAGUUCCUGGUUCUCUGGGCACUCUUACGAAAACGCAACCAAAGUUUAUCAGAUUGCCAAAUGGAAAGUUAGCUCGGAUAUCAACCAAGGUGAUUGCUUCGUUUUACUGCUCAGAACCGAUCGAUGUAGCUACUUUAAUUGGAGCUGGUCCGACAUCGUCUGAAGAAACGCCGCUUUUUAAAACAAGCGGUGAUUCUCCAGCGAUAAAAGAUGAACCAAUGGAUGUGGAAGAAACUCCCGUUAAGCACGAGUCUAAGGAACAUACAUCGCCGGAGCAAGCGUCGACAAAGGAUGCCUCACCAAAAGAACAAACGCAAAAGUCGCAAACAUAUCUGAGAACGCCACCAGUGCGCCAACCGCUGCUUUCGCUUGCAGCUGCUUUAAAAAGCAUCGCCGCUAAGUCGGCUAAACGUCUGGAGCCUAUUGCACCGCCACCUGUGCAUCAACAACAACCCUCGUUAGAAACUGCCUUGAAAAACAUUGCCGCUAGUUCGCAAGUGGGUGACUUAGGAAAGAUAAGGGAGCAGCCAUUGUUCAGCGAGGACCUGGAACCAGUUCACUUUAAGGAGUCGUGCAAUGUGUGUCGCGUUGUUAUCCCCGGUUUGAAAAAGAACAUGAUAUCUCUCGAAGGACGGCUCACAGGUUUAGUGGAAACUGUCCAAAACCUCAUUAUGUACUUGAAUCCGCUGGAUAGGAAAGCAGCUGAGCUGGCCUCUAUAGAAGGUAAUCCGCCGGAAACAGCUGAAAGCAGUGCACCCGAUCUCACCGCUGUUCCUACAUCAUCAGAACCUAUAGCCUCCGAUUUUGGUGACAUUAGUGAGGCAUCUGAUGGUAGAAUACCAUCUAUACUGUUGCCGGUUGCUCAUAGAAAUGGAAAUCGUAUUGAAAUGAGAACGGUCGGUGCGACGGAAGUGGUGAAUUCAAUGGGUCAUCGUCCAAACGUGGUCAGGUUUGUUCGACAGCCAUUGAAAUCUGCACCUGUUCCUGAUUCUCUCUCGUCCUCGCCAUCUACCUCUGGACGAAUACGUUUCGUUGUUGCUGACAGAGCAACAACACAGCGAUCAGUUCCCUGCUCAAGUGGUGGUACACACAGCGCAAGGCCCGAUACUUCCGAAUCCUCUAAUCAGAAAGCACAAGUGCGCAUUGGACCUGGUGAAGAUGUUAAGCCUGAAUAUGGUUCAGCUUCAAGUGAUAAAAGUGUGAGUCUGUUAUUCACUUUUGAGAUUCCCACUGAGAAUCAAGAGAUUUUUAGUGAGCCGUUUCGACAUUUGGCUUGCGCAUAUAAUAACAACAAGGAGACUGUCGGACGGCUCGCAGUGCAAAAAAAGGGAGUUGGCCUGUGGAAGUGA